CUCUAUUAUCUCUCCUGUUUAUUCAUAACAAAAGUAGAAUUAAAAAUGUCGUUACACAGAAGCAUAGUCGCAAAACUUGCCAAUAUUGAGAUCUGACUCCGCUCUCAUUUCAUUAUACUCUGCUCUCUGUUCAAAUCAAUCUCAUCUUCUUUGGAUUCUCUCUGAAAACUGAAAAGCAAUGGAUUCUUUCAGAAGACAAGCCAGCAAAUUACGAGAUCAAGUUGCAAAGCAGCAACAGGCUGUAAUAAAGCACAUCAGUGGGCCUGGCUACGAGAGCUCAGAUAGUGUGGUCAUUGAUGAAGUUGAGUUGCAGAGACAUCAACAACUCGACAAGCUGUACAAAUCCACUCGGUCAGGAAGGGAUUUUCAGAAAGAGAUUGUUAAAGCUGCUGAAGUAUUUGCUACCCUUGGCUACAGAAAAAUCGAAGCAGGUACUAAAUUGUCUGAUGAGUGUUGCAAAUAUGGAGCUGAGAAUAUUGAAGACAACAUUUUGGCUAAGGCUGCAUCAAUAUAUGGUGAUGCUCGUAAACAUGUAGAGAAGGAGCAGGAAGAUUUGAAUAGACUGCUAUUAUCUCAGGUGUUAGAUCCCCUGAGGCAAAUGAGUACUGGUACUCCUCUAGAGGAUGCUCGUCAUCUUGCACAACGAUAUAGUCGUAUGAGACAGGAAGCUGAAACACAGGCAGCUGAGGUCAAUCGAAGGCGGGCACGUGUUAGGGAGGCUCCAACCCACGAAAAUUCAGCAAAGCUACAAGCAGCAGAAGCUAGAAUGCAAGAGCUGAAAGCUAACAUGGCAGUUUUAGGCAAAGAAGCAGCUGGUGCUUUAUCUGCUGUUGAGUCGCAGCAGCAAAGAUUGACAUUUCAAAGGCUUGUAUCACUGGUCGAAGGGGAAAAGAAUUACCAUCUUAGAAUAGCAACAAUUCUUAAUGAGGUUGAAGCUGAGAUGGUGUCUGAGAAGCAGCAGAAAGAAUCCGCUCCUACUGUCCUCUCAAUAGAGAACAAUUCAGAGAAAAAGAUGUUCUGCUUAGCUGAAGCAGUCCAUCCGUUCUAUGCCGAAACUGAGAAAGAGCUGAGUCUUGCAGUUGGCGAUUACGUUGUUGUACGCAAGGUAAUCCCGUCUGGCUGGUCUGAAGGAGAAUGUAAGGGCAAAGCAGGUUGGUUUCCAACAGCUUAUGUCGAGAAUCGUCAGAGGAUUCCAGCGAGGAACGCUGUUGCUGAGGCUUACUAGACGUCAAUCAUCUUUCCUACCUUUCAAUUCAUUGAGCCCUGCAUUUUUUGAACAAUACGGAAGAUCAAAUCAGCUAUUUCCAUAUCUAUGACAAGCACAAGCCAAGUUACGAGCCCUGUAUCAAGUUUGAAUGUUUGUGUCUGGUUUGUUUGAGUAGUGUCGAAUUUAUAUUAGGUUUUUAAAAUGUAAUGUAACUUUUACUCUGCUAGCUUGUGAAUGGUAUAUUUGCGAGUUCACGGUGAAUGAAAAGUUAAUGUUGUUGA